GGAAAACCUCUGGCACUGUGAUUUUAGCCACGUUUUCGGUGCUUCACUAGGAGCAUGCUGCUUCAUUUCACUGCUGAUAAAUAAGUAAUUAUUCUUCUUCCCCAGAAAAAAACAUUGAGUCAGCUAUCACAGCCCUGGAAGGGGCAGAGCCCACCUUAAUUAUAUUGAGGUUGCAGCCUCAGCAUAGGUCUGUUCUCUGCUCUUUGCCCUGAAAAUAGUACUGUAGUUGUGCUGUACUCAGACUAUACAUACAACUUAAAAGAUAUCAAGGGCUGACCUUGACCUCAAGCCCUCAGAAUUAAGCUUUAAGGAGUCAACUUAAGGGAAGGUAAAAGAAGCAUAUUAACCCAUUUGCUUCUUUUUGAAUAUUUUAUUAACAAUGUUUGGGGAGACCCACUGACCAAAUACUUCUCUAACUGUCAAAGGAAAAUUUUAAGAGCCCCCUUGGAAAUUGGACUGAUUUUAGGGUGCUUCAUUUCCCACCCCCCCCUGCAUCCCCAUUUUCCAACCUGCAGUGAUGAGGCUGGACUCGAUCCCGGAGGUCUUUUCCAACCCUGUGGUUCUGAUUCCAUAACUGGAACAUUCCCAUGCUUCCUCAAGCCUCUAAGACUUUGUCCUGUUGGGUUUUUUUCCUCUCCCAGAUAAAAGCCAGAGAAACAAAAAUUAUCCAGGAGACCGAAGGAGGGAAGUUUGGGAAUCUCGUGGCUUAUUCCAUCCUGUCUCAGAGGCACCUGAGGGAAACAGUCACUUUGCUCCAGGAUUCCUCCAGGCUCAAGAAGGUGGCCUUGAGGUGCCAAAAGGAGGGCACAGGCCUGGAACACCUCGUGGGAGAAGAUUUAUCAGUUGAUGGUGACACCAGGGACGUUCUGCAUCUCCUGAAGGACAACUCAGAGCAUGUACUUUUAGUGCUGGAAUUUAUACAAACUGUAAGAUUAUUACAGCUGAGAGAGAGACACUUCAAGGAAAUAGUCAGCAGCCUAAAAGGCUCUGAGAAGUUUGUGGAGGAAGCAAAUCUCAUAACCAGUGAAGUGAGAAAAUUCAGAGAGCAGAAAAUGAGAAGGCUGGAGGGACAGUUGAAAGCCUCCCUGAAAAACAGAGGAACCAAGAAGAGGAUUUCAAGCAGUUUUGAUCCACUGCAGAUCAAAACCACCACCUUGAAAAGAGAAGAAACCACAGAAGAAAGGGAAGACCCGUGGCAGGCUUUCCAAGGGGAGCAUCUGGACCUCAAAGGAUCUCCCAGCUGGGCAACACCAGCUGAAGGAGCAAAGCUGCAGGAUCAGCUGCUCCCUGGAGAGCAGAGGAGGAGGAGGAGGAGGAGGAGGGAGCUCUCAGGGCUGCAGCAGGACGGGGACUCGAGGGAAGAGCACAGGGAAGGAAAAGCUUUCCCAGGAAAGGAUUUUCACCCAGAUUUGCAGGAGCUGAGGAUGAGAUCAGGAGGAUACAGAAAAGAAAACAGGCAGCAAAGCAGCAGUUCUGCAUCCUCCACCCCCCAGCCCCUCAGGGCUCCAGGGCCCCACCAGAAGGCAGAGGAACAGCUCCUCUGCUUCUUGGCUAAGAAUAUCAAGGUGCUGAAGCAGGCAGAGCAUGUGAUGGCCUCCAGAAUCAUUCUGCUGAAUCCACAGUUCACAGCAGCUCCUCUGGGUGGUGGUGACGAAACCAAGUGUGUAAAAACCUCUUUUCUCCUCGAUCUGCUGAGGGAGGUGAACGAGGAGCUCCGGAGUCACGCGGUGGCAGCUGGGCUGGGGCAGAGCCAAGGGCUGGCCCGAGGUAAAUCCCACCCCUGCUCUUUCUGGAAUAGCCAGAAUUGGGCAGCAAGUUGGGCUCAGGGUACAGAGGAUGGCUCGUGGACUCAGGGAGAGGAACCAGCAGCAGUUGAUCCUGCAGCCCUCUCUGCCAGAGAGUUUGUCAUUUAUCAGUAUGGCAUCUCCAUCCUACAGUUUCUCAGACUUCACAUUAAUGCCCCAGAAAUCAGGCUGUGUGUGGCCUCCAGCCUCCCCCCCAGUGAUGCCACAGGCAAUGCCUUCAGGGGCUCUUUCUUUUACCAGAAUUCCAAGAACAAACUCUUCGUCCUGAGGGAUUGCCUGAGCUCUGUGGGAGGUUUCCUGCUCCUCCUGGUGCACUGCUUGGCUCAUGUCUCUGCUGCUGAGCUCCACCAUGACACCAACCCCCUCUUCCUGAGCCUUUUUUAUCAGGCACUGAAAGCCUGUCUCAGUGAAAUGUUCUCCCUCAGACUGCAGCUCUCAGCAGCUCCCCAGGGCAGUAAAUGCCAGGGGAUAAGCCAGGUGUUGCUGAAGGAGGAACCCUUCUCCAAGGAGGGAGCAAACCUCAUCUCCCAGCUUUACGAAGUCAAAGUGAAAAGGCCCACGGACAUGGAAGGCUUUGAGAAGCACAUGAGGAACAACCUCCUGCUCUGCAUGAAAUCUGAGGAACCACAGCAUGACAAGUGGCUCGUGGAGAAAAAAGAGCAUUUCCCUCAUGGAAAGGACAGCUUAGGAUGCUUUGAAGAGGAAACCUGCACUUCCUUGUCCCCUUCAGAACUUGAGGAUAAAGUGGACGUGUUAACUGAGGAGCUGGUGCAGAUCAUAGAGGAUGAACACCAGUUUUUAAGCAGCAAAGGCAACGAAGACCUGCUUUGUUACUACCUUGAAAUCACUAGUUUGGAGAAGGACUGUCUGCUAAAACAAAUCAAUGCAUUAGAGGAGGAAAUAGCCCUGGGCAGAAAGUUGUAGUGGCACUCAAAGCCUUGGUGGUUUUGUUCUACCUUGGGUCUCUGCUUUGCCUAUCAGGCUUUAAGCCAAAGUAAACCCUCUAUUUCUGUUUUA